AUGAAUGAUACGUCAUCGAAUGAACAAGGAAGCUCGAAACAAGCCGAUGACCCAAAUGGCUCUGGUUUUGCGCCCGAAUCGUCAUCUAACAAUGAAACCUAUGAUUGCAACAUUUGUUUGGACACAGCCAAAGAUCCGGUGAUCACGAUGUGUGGGCAUCUUUUCUGUUGGCCCUGUCUCGUACAAUGGCUCGAUACUCGUCCUAACAAUCAAGUGUGCCCUGUUUGCAAGUCCGGCGUUCAAGCAGAUAAAGUGAUUCCAUUGUACGGACGAGGAGGAAACAACGUUGAUCCACGAACGAAAGUACCUCCACGUCCCAAAGGACAGCGAACAGAAGCACAGCAGGGAUUUCCCGGUUUUACCUUUGGCGACGGAGGCGGUGUUCAGUUUUCGCUGGGCAUUGGAGUUUUCCCGUUUGGUCUUUUUGCACAGUUUUUCAAUGGCGGAGGUUUCGAUCGUCGUCCCGAUCCACCUGAACCCGGUAGUCGACAAUACCAAGAGGAGCGCUUCCUCGACAAUGUCUUCAUGUAUUUGGGAAUUUUCUUCAUUCUUUGGUUACUUCUUGUU